UACAGUAGCAGAUCUGGGAUGUGUCCCAGGUUUUGAGCACCGCCCUCAGACAGAGGACUCAGAGAAUCUGUCAGACUGACUGAGGAGGACGCUUUUCUCACAGCUCUUAAUUUCAGCGAAGACUCUGGAAGAAGGGAGAGUUCAGGUUUAGACAUGAGAAUGGGCAUGGCGUUGUGGGCCAAGCCGAGGGUGUAGCCACAUCUGGCAGACCGAGCUGAGCAGAAGCCUCCGUACACCAAGAGAUCUGGUGCAGAGGGGAAGAUGGGAAAGAUGGAGGAGGAGAGCAGCAGUGUUGGGAAGCUGUUUGAGAAUUUUAUCCAGGCCUCGACCUGUAAAGGAACUCUACAGGCCUUUAACGUCCUCUGCAGAUGUUUGGACGUUGAUCCAGCAGACCAUAACACUUUCUACAGCAGCCUGAAGGCAAAGGUCACCUCCUGGAAGGCCAAAGCACUUUGGAGCAAGUUAGACAAAAGGAUGUCCCACAAGGAGUACAAGAAAGGUCAAGCCUGUGUGGGGACAAAGUGCCUCAUCAUCGGAGGAGGUCCGUGUGGCUUGCGGACCGCCAUCGAGCUUGCAUUGAUGGGUGCUAAGGUAGUGGUGAUUGAGAAGAGGGACUCUUUUUCAAGGCACAAUGUGCUCCAUCUUUGGCCCUAUACCAUCCAUGAUCUCCGGGGCCUUGGUGCCAAAAAGUUCUACGGAAAGUUCUGUGCCGGAGCCAUUGACCACAUCAGCAUUCAGCAGCUGCAGCUGAUCCUCCUGAAGGUCGCCCUGAUUGUUGCUGUGGAGUUUCACGUCAACGUGGAGUUUCUCAGGCUGCUGGAGCCUCCGGAGGAUCAGCAAAAUGAAGCGAUUGGGUGGAGGGCCGCAAUCCGACCUGCAGAUCACCCGGCUGCUAACUUCGAGUUUGAUGUGGUGGUGGGAGCCGACGGGCGGAGAAACACACUGGAAGGUUUCAAAAGGAAAGAGUUCAGAGGUAAACUGGCAAUUGCCAUCACAGCCAACUUUAUCAACAGGAACACAACUGCGGAGGCCAAAGUAGAGGAGAUUAGCGGAGUGGCCUUCAUUUUCAACCAGAAGUUCUUUCUUGACCUCAAAGAGGAGACAGGCAUUGAUCUGGAGAACAUAGUGUAUUACAAGGACAACACACAUUACUUCGUCAUGACGGCUAAGAAACAGAGUCUGCUGGACAAAAACGUUGUCAUCAAUGAUUACAUGGACACUCAGAUGCUGCUGAGCAGUGAAAACGUCAACCAGGAAGCCCUCCUGAGCUACGCCCGAGAGGCUGCUGACUUUGGCACCAACUACCAACUUCCCACUCUUGACUUUGCCAUGAACCACUGCGGGCAGCCAGAUGUGGCGAUGUUUGACUUCACAAGCAUGCACGCGUCUGAGAAUGCCGCUCUGGUCAGGGAGAGAUUUGGACACCAGCUGCUGGUGGCGCUGGUUGGCGACAGCCUGCUGGAGCCCUUCUGGCCAAUGGGAACUGGUUGUGCCAGAGGUUUCCUGGCUGCUUUUGAUACAGCCUGGAUGGUAAAGAGCUGGGCUGAAGGUCGGAAGGUUCUGGAGGUUCUAGCAGAAAGAGAGAGUAUUUAUCGGCUUCUGCCACAAACUACUCCAGAAAACAUGGCAAAAAAAUUUGAUCAGUACACCAUAGACCCUUCAACUCGAUACCCUAACCUCAACUCCUCCUGCGUUAGAUCUCACCAAGUGCGUCACCUAUAUGUCACUGGAGAGCUUAAUUCCUGCUCCCUGGAGCGUGCUGAUACCAUACGACGUCCCGUCAAUCUCUACAGACGAGAGUCUGAGAUGCGGCCGUCGCGGCUCCUCACCUGGUGCCAGAAACAGACAGAGGGCUACAGGAAUGUGUCGGUCAGCGACUUGACUUCUUCUUGGAGAAGUGGCAUCGCCCUAUGUGCCCUCAUCCACAGAUUUAAACCCCAACUGAUAGAUUUUGACUCUUUAAAUGAGGAGGAUCACACUGCAAACCUCCAGCAGGCUUUUGACAUCAGCGAGCGGGAAUUCGGGAUUCGACCUUUCACUUCUGCGUUGGACCUGAGCGCUGGUGAGGAGCUGGACAAGACCAGGAUGAUCUCCUACCUGUCGAAGUUCUACGAGCUUUUCCGCGGAACGCCUUUACCUGCAUCAGAAGAUCCCAGAAGUGUAGAUGAAAACAAUGAAGAAUAUCCAACAGAAGAAGUCAGAACUAAUGUGAAUGUUCUCAAUCUUGCACUGACAAGGAAACGGGUACCAAAGGAUGAGAAGAAGUCAGACGGUACAGACUCUAUUUACAAAAGGAGGCGAAGAUUCUUCUAUUUGGAGGAGGCCACUAACCACUCGAGCAAUAGCGUUUCAGUGCAACACGAACGGGAUCCCAAAGAAAACAAAGUGCGCUCAAUGGCUUCUCAGCUGCAGGCUAAAUUUGAAAGUAAAAACAGCUACAUGGAUCACAAAACACAGUCAGACUGUGAGACGUCCUUGGUGGUCCCUAAUCUUAAUCAGACUGAGCUUCAGCUUGUUAAGAUCAGGCCUCCGGUCCCACCUAAACGUUCUUCAAUGACACAGUUUGAGAAAAGUAUCAGAAAAGCGGCUGAACAGUUAGUCAACCUUCCUCCAAACACUCCAGAACCCCAGCUUCAUCCUCAGCCCCAGCAUCUGUUUUCAGUCGUAAAGCUCAGACACGUUGAUCAGACUCUGACUGAGAUGAAGCCCCAGCCUCAGUGUGAGAGUCCUGAGCCCCCCGCAUCUCCUCCGUCCUGCCGCCCAGCUAUCUGUUUCAUGACAAGAGUUCUUCUUCGCCUCAGAGAGGUGGAUGAACACAUAUCUGAGAAAAAAGCUCAGGCACAACAAGUUAGAGAGUUUCAGACAAAGAGCAUAAAGGAAAAAGCUGUUCACCUUAGGGGACUGUUCUCAGGACACAGUUCAGAUGUUCUCAAGGGAAGUUCAAUAAGGAGGACGUUUUCCCAGUCAGCUGACAAGUGCCACUCUUGCUCCAAGCGUGUUUACAUGGUUGAGAGGGUCUGUGCCGAGGGACUCUACUUUCAUCGGGAAUGUUUCCGGUGUUCAACCUGUAACUGUGCUCUCCCACUGGGAGCACAUGCCUUCAACUCUGAAGAAGGGAAAUUGUACUGCAAACUUCAUUUUAAUAAAAGAAACAAUGGGACAAAUCUGCAGAGGACAUUUUCUCUACCUCCAAAUCGCAAUCGAGCUCAGGAGCAAAUUGCGGCAGCUGGAGAGAGCUCCCAGUCCAGCAGUUCAGCAGAGUUGCAGAGAAUGCCUGAAGCAGGUAGCUGCAUGUCAUUCAUAAAGAAAAGGCUGAACUGGUCGCUGAGUGUGACUCGCGCUGUGUUUAACGCCCCCUGGUAUCUGUCCUACUGCGCUCGCAGCGCAGCACAGGCCCUCACCGGCCACCUGAGAGACAACGCCCAUGACUACACAUUACUGUAUGAGCUACUGAGCAUGAGCUUACCCCUGCUGUUUGUUUUGCAAGAGGUUCUGCUGCAGAUGUACACUGAAAAUGUUCCUGAUGGGCCGAGCACUUUACAACCUGUACUGCUUUGGCUGCAAGAGCAGAUCGGGCACAGGCUCAUCUAGCUUCUCAACAGGCAAAAGCUGAUUUAACUUUGAACACUGCAACAUGUUACCACUAAAUCAGUGGACCAGAUGCAUUCUGACUGAAAUAGUCUCAUUAUUUGAAAAUGCAUACAAGCACAUUCUUAAAGUUUAUUCAUUUAUAAGUGCAUGGGAUGCACUUACGCAUUAGCCAAAGAGAAGAAAACUGACCACUAAUGAGGUGAACAAAUGCAUUAAAUGGUUAACAAUGCAGGUAAGUUAAAUGAACCAAAAUCAGUUAAUUAAGGACUUUAGUGAUGAAAUGUCUAAUCACUGUUCGUGUAGAUUUGACCUAGCUACAAACUGUUUCUGAAAUCCUGUAAGUCUCAUUGUUGGAGACAUGACUGAUGAACUCAAUGCACUUUAUCUUAGAGAACUGUUUUGUCCACGUAGCAUAUAACUGUCAACUUGGACAAAAAGUAUUGUCUCAUGUUAACAGCCAUCACUUUCCAGCUGUAUUCUUAAUAAAUGAAUUACAAAGAGGUGUUUGCAGAGCUGUGUUUUACUGACACUGUAGCAAUUCGCUGAUCUAGCAUCUCUGUUUAGUUUUAUGAACUGUUUUAAUUUUUUCAUGAAUAACACCAGAGUCUGCCAAUGUGGACUGUCCUUUAUUUUACUGCCAUCUAGUGCUGCCUCAGAAAUUUACAGAAGGACAACAAGCCUAUCUUAUUUUUUUUUUACUUACCAUUUAAAAACUCUGACACUGCUUGAUAUGGUCAGAUUUACUAUAACAGUAUAAUCCAAAUGCAUGCUGUAAUUCGUUUGAAUUUGUUUACCAUAUUUCCAAAGCAUGUUGUUGGAAAAUCACCUGCAAACCUCUGACUGGAACCACCCAGCUGCUUCCUAUCAAAGUACGCCGGCUAAUGAUGCUCCCAGGGCACUUUAGACUUAGUUUCACUUGUAGAGAUUUAAUUGAAACUUAUAUGUGCAGAAAUGCUAUGCAUCUUCUGAACUGUUUACAGCAUGGUAAAACUUUAUAUUUUGUUAUCAGCUUUGUAAUAUUUUGAGUUAAAUCUGCAAUUAAAUGCCUUGUUUACUGUACAAGAGGAAAACAUCAGUGUUUCAAAAUACCAAAGAACUUUUUUCAGCACACAAACUGGACUCGUAUAAAAGAUAAUUUGUACAUCUUAAUUACAAAUAAAUCUGUACAAUGGCUCAUUGUGAAUUUUGAUAUUAUGUUUGCAUAAACAUUAAAUGCUUGUGUGCA